UGUUUCUGUGAUCAUGAUCUAUAAUCACACAGAACAGCAAUGAUGAAGCUGGUAAUGAGCAUCGUUGUGUUGUUGUCUGUUGGAGCCGCACAGGAUUUAAUGUCACCAACAAUAGACAUCAUUAGUGAACUCCAGAAGAUUAAGGAAAAGUUAAAUGCUCUUCAUGACGAAGUCAGGGAACUAAGGAGCAAGAAUGAAGAAAGGGUGAAUGUGGCUUUUUCAGCCACACUAUCAUCUUCUAUGGGCUCCAAAUAUUUUGGUCCUCAUACUGAAGCAACCACUCUUGUGUAUAAAAAUGAAUUUACUAACAUUGGAAAUGCUUAUGACACCAAUACAGGGAUCUUCACUGCACCAGUAAAAGGAGUUUAUUUCUUCAACUUCGUGGUCUUCAAUCCUGAUGAAGAAGCGACCGGUGUGAAACUGCUAAAGAAUGGCAAUUUGGUGGUGGCAGCAUCAGAUAACCCGCCAAGAUGGGACACUGAGGACACGACCUGCAACUCUGUCACUCUUCUUUUGGAGCAAGGGGACCGGAUUCAUCUUCAGCUCAUAGAGAACCGUCGGAUCUACACAGAUAGCUGGAGGCGGAACACCUUCAGCGGACACCUUCUGUUUACUGUGUGAACGUCUGUGGCUGGUUGCUUAGACUAAACUGCUUAAACUAGGCUUACAAGUAGUAAUCUAAUUUUUUUCACCAAAACUUUUUGGUUAGUUAUAUAAAUGUAGAUUGGUUUAAUUAGAAUCUGAAUGAGCCUUAACUAAUUACUAGUUGGUCAGACUAGUUCUUACUGUAAGAUAGUUCAUUUCAGCCAACUACCCUGAUGGUAUUUUAGCUCAAAUGCAGUGUUUUAUUCAAGUGUUUUAUUUAGAUACAAAAGAAAUUUUUUUUUUUUUACUGAAGCUGUGAAGAAAAAAAAAAAUCAACAUUUGGCAAGAUGCUUAAAAAAUGAGGAAAAAGACAAGAAAAUUGUGACAAGAAAAUAGGCUACAAAAAUCCUUAAAAUGUAGCACCAUUUUUAUACACUAUUAUUGGACUCUAUAACUGUUUGUUGUCUAGCCAGAUUUAUAAAUCACAUUCCAUGCAUAUUACAUGAAUAAAGGAUAUUUUAUUGGAAGUUGACAA